AUGAGUUCUGUUUUAAGCAAAUUUCCAUCCUCAAUAGUUCUUUUGAUUAGAUUGACGAUAUUUUCGAAAUAUAAAAGUCUUCGACACGAAAAGAUUUUGAGUCACAAUUAUGAAGCAGUUUUUAACAAGAAAAAUUGGCUUAAUCUUCAGUAUCAUACAGAUGAUACAAUUAAGAAACCUGAUGAGCUUGAAAAUGAAAUGCAAGAACCACCUGGCCUAAUCGAUGAAAAACUACUGGAUCAAAUCUCUGGUUCUUUGAUUGGAAUGGCUAUAGGUGAUGCUCUUGGAGCACAUGUUGAGUUUCGUCCUCAUGAGUAUUUAUUUGCAAAUCCAGUAAAAGAUUUGGAAGGUGGCGGGACAUGGGGUCUCAAAAAAGGACAGGUAUUGUCUCUUCAUCGUAUUUUACAAUAG